GUCUCGUACAUUCAGUCAAAGUGCUAAGGUGGAAAAUUUCUACGUAGUGCUCCCAACACACUGAACCAGGGUGUUGGGGUUUUCCUCUGUGUGGCGCGGGAAACGGUGAAGGAAAGUCAGAAGAAAAAAAAAGUUGUGUGAAGGUGGAUAUUUGCAUGAAAAAGUUAAAUUAACGUUCGCAAAGGAGUUCCUCUUUUUUGUGAAUUCCUUUACUUUAUUUUAUAUGAGAAGUGAGUGCCCCUUGAUGGAGUGCUGCAGUGACUUUAGAGAUACAAAUUAAAAAUAAACUUUUUGACGAAAUCCCACCAUGAGGCUGCUGAUGGAGACGUGGUGAUGAUGAGGAAUCAGGGAUUGAUCCCUGUCAGAGAAGCCUCGGUAAAAUAGAUGCGUUGUAGGACAGGGAAGAAGAACCAUUUACCAAAGAGGACACGACAGAUUAUCCUGUGAGGAAAACUCACUACACUGACAAGAAAAUUCACUCUGUGCUAGAAAAAAAAAAUUUGCAAAGGGAAUUGAGGGAGCAAGAAGGGAGCUCUGUGCAUUUUCCCAACAUCUUUAUUUAUACAUAAUAAAAUAUGCUGAUUAAGGAAUACCGAAUCCCGCUGCCGUUGACAGUGGAGGAGUAUCGCAUUGCUCAACUCUACAUGAUUGCCAAGAAGAGUCGCGACGAGAGCAGCGGUGCUGGCAGUGGUGUGGAAAUCAUCGUAAAUGAGCCAUACGUCGAUGGUCCCGGCGGGAGUGGGCAGUACACGAGAAAAAUCUACCAUGUUGGAUCACAUUUGCCAGGAUGGAUAAAGGGACUUCUCCCGAAGAAUGCGUUGAUUGUGGAGGAGGAAGCAUGGAAUGCGUAUCCGUACACCAAAACACGGUACACGUGCCCCUUCAUGGAGAAGCUGUCACUGGAAAUUGAGACUUACUACUUCCCGGACAAGGGAGAUCAGGAGAAUGUGUUCAAGCUCACAGGUGGUGAUCUCCGGAAUCGUCAAGUGGAUGUGAUUGAUAUUGUGAAGGAUCAACUGUACGGUGCGGACUACGUCAAGGAUGAGGAUCCAAAGCUGUAUGUGAGUGAGAAGACUACACGUGGACCACUACAGGAUGGCUGGAUCGAUGAGUACUGGAAUGAGGUGAAGAAUAAACAGCAGCCAACUGCCAGAAAUAUGGCCAUCAUGUGCGCCUACAAGUUAUGCCGUGUGGAAUUCCGCUACUGGGGUAUGCAGACGAAGCUGGAGAAGUUUAUUCAUGACACAGCACUGAGGAAAACCAUGCUGCGUGCCCACAGGCAGGCGUGGGCGUGGCAGGAUGAAUGGCAUGGGCUGACAAUGGAUGACAUCCGGGAGAUUGAGAGGCAAACCCAGCUGGCGCUGCAGAAGAAGAUGGGAAUGGAAAUGGGGGGAAGUGUUAGUGAGGGGAUGGAAAUGUUGGACGCAGAAACGGGCGGUGAGGGGCUGUCACCGGCUGUGGGGCGAUGCCAUCUCUCCGUGGGUGUGCAGGAAGCCAGCUUGGAGAGCUCCGAGGGGGAGGAUGAGAAUACCGAUGAAGUCACAUCGAAUUCCAACUCAAAGUACGCCAGUGCCAAGCACUACAUUUCACCCAAGAAUGCCCUCCCAUCGCCCCUGGGAUCAACAAAUAGUUUCGAUCUGCAGCUGGCAUCUCAAGCCCCUUUGAAAAAUGUGGCCAAUUGGCGAAUGGAGAAGCUGGAAGUGGACUCAAAAUCCGGAUCUGAAGAGGAAUUUUUCGAUUGUCUCGAUUCCGGAGAAUCCACUUCCCUGGCCAAAUGGAGCUCCCUGGAAUUGUUGCCAGAUGAGGAGGAUAGCCCACCGGCGGCUGUAAAGACGCAAGAAGAUAGUAUCUUUAGUCAUUCCUACCUGCAGCGCGUUGCUUCCGAACGUGGGUCUCGUCGAUCGACCUUUGGGGCGGCAUCGAGUAUUGAUCGCAGCAAUACAGACUCUCCACCCGGCUCUCCAGGACCACCUGCCUGUCCUACCUCAGUACUCAUCCUCGUACUCCAUGCAGGCAGUGUGUUGGAUGCAAAUGUAGAUCUGGCGGCCAAGAAGUCCGACAUUACGACAUUCCGCGGAGCUUUUGAGUCUGUUAUGCGGCAGCACUAUCCCUCAAUGGUGGGACAUGUUGCCAUUAGGCUCGUUCCGUGCCCAUCUGUAUGCACUGAUGCCCUCGGGAUACUCUCGAGCCUCAGUCCGUACUCAUUUGAUUCGUCCCCCUCGACGACGGACUCCCCGAAUAUGACUGACGUGCCAAUUGGGGCCAUCCCAUUGCUCACGACAUGCACCCAGGAAUUCCAGGAUGCUGUCAAUCAAGCUGUGACUGCUGCCAAUCUCGCCUAUUCGGAUUUCCAGCGCUGCGAGGAAGGAUGCGGCUUUGCGGGGCAGGUUGUUCUCAUUGGGGACUCAAUGGGGGGCAUUUUGGCCUAUGAUGCCCUUUGUCGCUCCUAUGGGCGGCUGGGCAGUGAUGCCAGUGCUCUGGACUUUGAAGAUCGUAUCGUGGACAAUGAGCACGAUGCUGCACGUCUGCUGAUGGCUCCAUCGCCACGGAGACGUUCAUCGUCCAUCAAUGAGGCGCGUUUGCCGAAAUUUCAAUUUGAAGUUGGUGAUUUAUUCCUCUUCGGCAGCCCGUUGGCCAUUGUCCUGGCAGCUAGGAAGUUAAGUGAUGCGAAUUAUGGGUCAGAGAGGCCACAAUGUACACAAGUUUACAAUCUCUUCCACCCAACGGAUCCCGUUGCAUCGCGCCUUGAGCCACUCAUCAGUGCGAGAUUCUCCAUGCUUGCACCCAUCAAUGUACCCCGAUAUGCCAAGUAUCCACUCGGAAAUGGACAGCCCUAUCAUCUCUUGGAGCUAAUCCAGUCAAGUCCUCAACUCUUUAGCGAUGGACUCCACACGAGAAGACUCUCAGAUAGUUCCCUCCAAAGCACCGUUUCCGGAAUGAUUGAUAAUGUUCCUCUAGCCACUAUUAAUACUCUUCAGCACCGCUGGUGGGGCUCCAAGAGGCUCGACUAUGCUCUCUACUGUCCAGAAGGGUUGAGUAACUUCCCAGCUAAUGCGCUUCCACAUCUCUUCCAUGCUAGCUACUGGGAAAGUAGUGAUGUGAUUGCCUUUAUUCUACGCCAAAUUGGUCGCUUUGAUUCCACAACACUUGCCGCUGGGGAGGAGAAGGAGGUGACAUCCUUCCGACCAGGGCAGCCGCGUGAGAAGUGGAUUAAGAAGCGCACGUCUGUGAAGCUAAAGAACGUAACAGCCAAUCAUCGUGCCAAUGAUGUGAUUGUCAAGGAGGGGGAGCCACAGAAGCUCCUGGCACGCUUUAUGUAUGGCCCAUUGGAUAUGAUUACGCUGGCUGGGGAACGUGUGGAUGUGCACAUAAUGCGUGAUCCACCAGGUGGGGAAUGGAUGCACGUCACGACUGAGGUUACGGAUAAAACGGGAAGGAUUCAGGUUACCUUGGAACGUGAUAAGGCCAUGGGGUAUGGGAUUUAUCCGGUGAAGAUGGUUGUCCGGGGAGAUCAUACAGCUGUGGAUUUCUACUUGGCCGUCAUUCCGCCGUGCACGGAGUGUGUGGUGUUCAGCAUUGAUGGGAGUUUUACGGCAUCAAUGUCAGUCACGGGACGUGAUCCAAAGGUUCGUGCAGGAGCGGUGGAUGUCUGCCGGCACUGGCAGGAACUUGGGUAUUUGCUGAUCUUCAUCACAGGACGACCGGAUAUGCAGCAACAGCGUGUUCUGUCGUGGCUGAGUCAGCACAACUUCCCACAUGGACUGGUAUCCUUUGCAGACGGUUUGAGCACAGAUCCACUGGGCCAUAAGACAGCAUACCUCAAUAAUCUCAUCCAGAAUCACGGGGUGAUCAUCCACACAGCCUACGGCAGCAGCAAGGACAUCAGUGUGUACACAAACAUCGGGCUGAAGCCGAAGCAGAUCUACAUUGUGGGGAAAGUGAGCAAGAAGCUCCAGGCACAGGCUACAUGCCUCUCAGAGGGCUACGCGCAGCACUUGAGCAGCCUCCUGGCGCACGGUGGUUCACGUCCGGCACAGGGGAAUGCGCGCAUGGUCAUCCCACGGGGGUGCUUCAACCUUCCCGGACAAGCGAGGCGGAGGAGUAAGGACGCAGGCGGUGCUGGGCUCCCGCUGGCGUCUCCCAUCCGCAGUGGCUACCUUAAGCGGAAAUCCUAUCUCAGUCAUGUCUAAAUUUUAUCUCUAUAAGUGUCAUUGCCGAGUGAUUCCUUCAUUUUAUUGUCACACAGUACCUGGGCUCAGAAGACUGUAUCUUUCCUGUUCGAUGGCAGAAUUGAAAAAAAAACAUUAAAAAAUUAAUGUAAAGGAGUACUAAAAAAAACUUUAAGUCAAAAAGAUGCUUCCAUUUCUAUGAUAAAAAAAUACACGCGCGGGUCUCUCCUCCCGCACACGGGAUUGCCCCUCAAAAAAAAAAAAAUGAAAAAAACAUGAUAAAUUCUAACAGCAAUCUCGCCUUUUUCUCCAAAAACCAAAAAAUUAUUAAAUGUUGUGGUAAAAAAAAAUUGGAAAAAAGAAUAUUUUGAAGAAACUAAAAGAAAAAAAUUCUAGUUGAAAUUGAUGAUUCUCUAUUAUAUGUGUAAUACUCGUUAGGUAUUAAAAAAAAGAAGAAGAAGCAUUGAACAGAGGAGAAAAACCAUUGAAAAAAAAGUUGUUAAACAAAAAUAAAAUUGUGUAUUUUGUGAAAAAGAAAUUGUAGAAAAAAACCAAAAGAAAACAAAAAAUUGAGCUAAAAACGAGGAGUCUCUUUGAAAAAAAAAAAAAAAAACUUGCUCUCUAAAUGUUGUUAGUUGUUAGGGAACCUGCGGGUCUGGGAACCACAUAAAUUAUAUACAUACUUAGAAUUUUAAAAUGCAAACAGAAAGGUUUUUGACGGUAAAAAAAAGGAAAAUAUUUUGCAUGAAGGAAAGAGAGAAUUUUUAAAGAAAAAAAAAGAAUGAAGAAGAAAGAUAUUUUGGGUAGAGAAUUUUAGGUAAAAGACGGUGAUUUGUGAAGAAUUUGAUGCAGGAAAAUUGGCAUUUUAGUGUGUCCUAAAUGUAAAUUUUGUUAUGAGGAAACAGAGAUGAUUAUAUUUGUAAAUGU